GAUUGGUCAACAUUGUUAGUUUUUUGCAGGAUAUAUCUAUUUUUGGUAUAUGAUGUUGCCGAAUCUUCGGAUUUGAUUGGUUGUUGUAGCGAACUUAGUCGGAAUAUAUUUGUCUGCUUCAUUGCGCUUGAAUAUUUAUCGAUCGUCAUGGCUAACUCUAGCAGUAUUUUAGAUCGGGUUCUCUCUGACUUAAAAAAAAGUGAUGAUGUUGCUUUGCUUAAGACCUUUGAGGAAUUAUGUGGUAUAUAUAAUUCUUCUCGUUUCUUAAUGCCUGAAGAGCAUUUUCCUUUAAUUGGACGAUCUUUGUAUCGUGAUGUAAAUGCUGAGACAGUCUAUUUGCCUCAUCAUGUGAAGGCCGACAAUACGAAGCCAUCGGUUGCUCUAAGAUCUGAACCAUCUGGAAAUUGUCUAUACAGCUCUGCUUCUCUGGCCUUGGUUGGAAGCAAUGCUCUCAUUCACACUUUGAGAGCUAUGGUAUCUAUAGAGUUUUUAUAUAUGCAAAUUAUUAUUGUUAUCAUCCAAUAUUCACUUCCACCUUAGAGAAGCAUGGUGACAAGGUCUCUGUUAGUGCAAAAAAUGUUUUGGCUAUGUCCUGUUGUUUUGAAAGUGUGGAUUCACGUUUAUCAGGGCUUGAUCUUGUUAAAAUGGAAGCUCUUUGCAACUGUAGAGAUAAAAUUUGGGGUA